ACGUUUGCCGGAGAAGGUCAGCUUUAGUGCAUAGGGGUACAACCGCUAAAAUAUUAACAGGAAGGAAAUAGUAUUUUUUUAACAGGCCUUUUAUAUUUCCUGUAAUGUUUUAUAGGUACGAGUAUAUAUAGAUCCACUUAAAGGUUGAGCGAGAUAUUACCACUGCCAUGGGACAUUUUGACACUCAUAUGAAUUUAUUAUAGCAUUCAGAAGGCAUCAUUGGAGUGGCAAUGUUCUGCAGGUGAUGAUGAGCAACAACAACAACAACAAAACAAACAAAAAAAAAAUAAUAAUAAUAAAGAAAAAAAAUACAUAUCAAACCCACAAAUUCACUCACACAAACUCAAACAAACAUUUUCUCUUACACAGAAAACAAAAUAAUGAGUACAAUAUCUCUUUUUAUUUCUCUUUAUUCGCAGAGUUUGUAAGUGGACUGGUUCUAGUCGACCUCUCCGGCCAAGUGGUAACUGGAGGACGAGUAGGACCUAUGUCUGAGGGCGACCUCCUCACACUCACCUGCAAAGCCCUUCAUGGCUCAUCCAAAGUGGAGAGUCUCCAGUGGAUCUUGGGUGGAGUGGAGGUGGACUCGACCUGGAGGCGUGUGGGCGAGGGCAUCUCGACGAACGUGCUAGACUUGGGCGGGCUGGACCAGAGGCACCACAACGCCCGCCUCACCUGUCGCCUCACCACCAGCGACCCCGCCCACGCGCAUGUCCUCGCCAACAUCACCGACGUCUCCACAAUCAUCACCAUGUUCCAUGUUCCCGAGGCGACGAUCCUUGUGGACGGAGGCCGGGAAGACGAAGGAAGUCACGAAGUCACGGAGGGAGAUGGGGUCACCUUCAAGUGCGUUGUCUCAGCCGACCCUCCCGCUUACAAUAUCACUUGGCUCCAUAAUGGCCGCGUUGUCACCGCUGGGGGCCGACGGUGGCAGCCUGACAACAGCACCCUGUCCGUCACCCCCGUCACCAAGGAGGACGCCGGCCUGUACACCUGCCUGGCGUCCAACUCGGAAGGCGACGGCCACUCCAACGCCGUGCUACUGCGAGUGGCCCACAGACCGCAGUGCUCGGAGCGGACGGAGCGCCACCUGGUCGUCGCUACCAACACCUCAGUGACCCUGAGCUGCCAGAUGGAGUCCUUGCCCGAGAAUGUGAGCUUCACCUGGACCAUGGCGCCGUCACUCCUCGACCCCGCCCACGAGAAGGAUAUGGUGGGCGUGCGGGGCGGUAUCAUCACCGGGGACGCCCCUCCACCGCACCAUCCCGGGCUCAUUGACCUCACCCCUGGCCACCCCCCACCCUCCGACCCCGCCCGCCCUUGGCUGACGCCCCCCUCACCGCGCCCUUGGGAUCCCGAGGGCCGCGGGGCGUGGGAGGCCUCUGCGGAGGACCUGGUGGGCGACGGGAACGUCCUCCUCAGGCAUCGGACGGACCCUACGAGUCCUACCCGAUCCACCGUCACCUUCAAGCCCUCAGCGCCCGUGCAAGUCUUCUGCUACGCGCGCAACCGCGUUGGCCGAACGCGCGUUCCGUGCAGUUACACACUCACCCUCGUCGAUCCUCCACAACCGCUGAAGAAGUGUAACGUGACGUUGGCAGCACAAACGCGCCUUGAGGUGAGAUGUGAAGAUGACAUGAAGGCUCCUGAGGGAAAUAAACAACGCCAGGACACUCCCCAGGUUCAUCAUUCCCCGGGAAUAAGUUUUGUCAGGUCAUCUGAGGUCAGAACGAGCGCUAACCUUGAGGUGUGGUCGAGUGGGACCCUGGUGGCUAAUGUGAGCGAGGACCGGCCUGUCUUCGUGGUGGAAGGCCUUCCUCCUGCGUCGUCCCUCAAGCUGGCCAUGUACGCCGUCACGCCCCACGCCCGAUCCAAGCCCCUGUUCCUGCACGCCCGCACUCUUCCGCGGCCGACGGUCAGGCCUGUUGAAAUCUCCACCAAAGAGAUGGAUGACGACGACGACUUCCUGGCGGAGGAGGAAGGCUUCUGGAUAGGCGUGGGCGGGACGGUGGGCGGCCUCGCGGGCGGGCUGGGGGUGCUUCUGAUUCUAGGGACGCUGAUUGUGGUGGCGCUUCAGUCCCGUCUGCGGAGGAGGGGGGCGCAGGGGGGCGAGGACCCCUUACCCCAGCACCCUUUAGACGCCCAUUCGGUGGCCUCCAGCGCACACCUCGAGUCGCACACGCCCAUGGAUACUCGUCCGUCAGUCCCCGAUACCUUUAAGACUACUCUUCCCCCCCUCCCCUUAUCAGUGUACUGCGUGGGGAGCAGCGGGGAGGCCGGGGAGACGCCGUGGCUGGAAACGUCUAUCACUCCCCUUGUUGCGCCGAACACCCUUCUCACCCCGCCGACUCCUCAGGCGCCAUCGGUGAUAGCAGAGGAUGUGGGUCCAAGUGAGGUCAACUAAAGGGAAGGUCAAAUGACAGAGGUUGGAAAAGGAAGAAAGAAGAAAAGAUAAAGAGAGAGAGAGAGAGAGAGAGAGAGAGA